AUGGAUUCCGGUGCAGGAGCUCCCAUAUCAUCACCUGAGCCCUCGUCUCGUGGUGGUGGUGGGGCCGGGGAUGUCAUAGAUCGAGCCUCGGGGAUAGCAACCAACCGACUAGCACGGCAUCUUGCAGGUGGUGGUCCCUCUGCUGCUGGUGGGUGUGAGACCUCGCCUUCUACCACCGACCCUCACUAUUCAUUCCUGGGACCAUGCACGCCUUCCUCCCGUGCUGUGGUAAGGCGAUGGCGUCCAGUACAAUAUGGAUGUACUUCUGAGAAGGCUAUGGAGCUCCCUGGAGAUAGAUCAGGCGCGGCUAGUGUUGUUUACAAUGAUGCUUUAUACGUGCUAGGGGGGUAUGGUGGUAGUGGACGUCUGGACGAUCUCUUCAAAUUCGACUUCAACACAAGGCUUUGGUCUCAAGUGCAUACCAAAGGAGAUACGCCAACAGGGCGGGAGAAUAAUGGAGCUGUAGUUAUCAAGAACCAUAUGUAUUUAUUCGGCGGUUACUCGGGAUAUAACUGGCUUAAUGAUUUUCAUUGUUUUAAUUUUGAUACAUCCACUUGGGCGCCAGUUGAAGUGAAAGGUGGGAGUCCGCCCUCUACGAGGUUCGGAUAUGUCUCCAGCGUGCAUGGUUCGGUAUUUUUUGUAUUUGGUGGUUACGAUGGCCAGACUUGGCUCAAUGAUAUGCAUGAGUUUGAUGUGGAGGAGGGAGCUUGGUCCCAGACCCACGUAUUAGGGUAUAUUCCCACGGGUAGAUCGUGUCCGAGUUGGGCCUACCAUGAGGGUAGCGUAUACCUCUUUGGAGGCUAUGAUGGAGUGCAUCGAAUGAAUGACUUCCAUCGAUUUGAGAUGUCCAAUAGGAAAUGGUCGGUAGUGGCUACGAGGAGCUCUGGCCAGCCUCCUUCCCCCCGCUACUUCCAUGCUAGCGUAGUGCAUGGCAACUCCUUGUAUCUAUUUGGUGGCUAUAGUGGACAGGAGAGGCUCAAUGAUCUCCAUGAGUUUAGAUUCGAUCUUCAAACGUGGUUUUUGGUCCAGACGGAGAAUCCACCAUCAGGAAGGAGCUCAUUAGUGGCUCAGGUACAUAACAACUCUUUAUAUGUAUUCGGUGGCUAUAAUGGAUCAAUAGUUCUCAAUGACUUCCAUGAAUUCCGGUAA